AAAACCAUGAAUUAACCUACAAGUAUUAUUUGAGACUAGUAAUGUUUUGCAAGAGUUUAUUAAGAGAUGAACGUGACGUGUUUUUGGAUGGAAUCAAUGAGGAAAUAUCCUUUGUGACUAAUACUACUAAGGAGUAUGGAUAUUACAAGAUUGGUGGACGAACUCUUCACCAAUGCCAAUUGGAAUCUGAGUCGGAGAUGCUCUUCAGGAUGGCCAUUCAGAAGUUGAAAUCAGCUGAAGAUGUGCUGCACUACGACAUCAUCACAUCACACCUGCAAGACCACAAAACGUACAUAGUGGAUUUACUAAAAGCAAGUAGAAACAUACUCGAACAUGAUGAUGCAAAUGUAAUGAACUUCAAAGACUCUAUCACUCACCUCACCGAUUUGGAUGAGUUAACUUUAGGUAAACUGGCAUUAGCCAGGGAAGGUCCGCUGUAUGAUUAUCUUCAUUUGUAUUUGGAAUUGCUUUGGCUAUUGGCAACUAUAGAGAAUCAAGUGGACAUUCCACAUAUCAUCAAGCAAUUGAGUUAUUUCAGUUACAAAUGCUUCGAGAAGAAAAGGCCUUUGUAUAGUUGUGAUUGUUUCAAGAAGCUUUGGCUGCAGGUACAGAUAUUUUGCGGUAUAAAAUCUUUGGAUUUUUGGGAAAUGUUCAACGUCGCGAUGGAAUGUUACGACGCGGAAUUCUGCUUGCACCAUUUGCACGCGAUCGCGAAACUACAAAGUUUCGAUUGUCCGUUUCUUAAGGUCCGAGAGAACAUUGACUUUUUAAACGAAAAGUGGUCUUUCAUACUGAAAGACGUGAACGAGGAAAAGUUGAUCGAGUUAUUUGGAAAGGUUGACGCACUCCUUGAGAUGUGGAUUGAAUGUCCCAAGUUGGAUAUGAUUUACACGACUUGGGACUUUUAUUACAAGAGGAUCGAGUGUUUUGAAAUUAAAGGUAAGUUGCUGGAGGUGGCCAAAAGUUUUAGACCCAUCUGCGGUUACACGAUGUUCCUGAAGAUGUUGUACAGGCAUUUGGAGAAGCAUCAACAGUGGAACAAAUUCAGAGGUAGGAUUUACACGAGAUUCUCCAAUGCUAAAUUCGCUAAACUUAACAUUAACGGAGUGUACAAUAUCAGUUUGUUGUUUGCUGUACUUAAUCCGUUGGCGCGCGAUGAAAUACUGAAGAAACUUGGAGAAAUGCUGGACGCGUUACCAGAGCAAACCUCUUUCUUGGUGUGGAAUCUGCAGAUUAGUUUGAUUCAACUGCAACUGGAGAACGAUAAACCUGUUGUGAGCAAAGAAUUCUUCAAUCAAUUAACAGCGUGCUCGCAGAGUCGAACGCAAUUCAAUUUGGUUUCGACUUUCGCCAAUCAAUUGGAGACUCUGAUGCAUUGCAGCAGUAACAUGAACCUCGAUCAAAGCGAAUUCUUUGGUCCGUGGAUCCAGAAUUACGUGAAGCACUGUCAGGUAUCGGAUUUAUCUGUUCUGCUGAACGUUCUGAUCAUUUCCAUCGAGAGAAUCGUGGAGCUCGGCGCUUGGUACGAGUACGAGAAAGUGAUUGUAACGAACGUGUUAGCUCCGCUCAAGAAACUGGCUACUUCUGCAAAUCCUGUAGUUUUGGUUGGAUCGUUGACAGCUUUAAUAGCGGUGAAUUCGAGCGCCGUUCUUGUGCAAACUGUUGCUUAUUUCGCGUCAGAAGCUAUUUCUGUUGGAGUGAUGUUGAACUUCUUCGCGUCGAUAUGCAAGAGGUUGGGCAUUUUGACGCAAGAUAUAGAAGGUUUCGUGAUCAGGGUAUGGUUUCAGUGCGGUUUGAUUGGUGAAUCCAACCCCGAUUUGACUCGCAUCGUGCUUGAUUCUGUGGGUUUAGAAGAUUGUGCAGAUCCUGUGGUUAAAUUCAUAGAAUCUUUAUCGGGCGGAGAUAAAAAAGAGACUGUUAAGCUGUGCUUCGCCAAUUUGGAUGUCUGGAUUGCGAAGCAUUUGAGUAAUCCUUUGUACACGCAGCACAUUUACACGUUCAUGGCUUUCAUCCUGAACUCUUGCGGGAAGCAGCUGUACUCGCGUUCGAGCGCCUCCAACAACUUGAGCAAUUACAUAGACAUCCUCUUGUUACCAACAGAAGUUCAAAGAGGUAUAAAACCAGUCGAUUAUAUCUUGGCAGCGAUCGAACGGACGUGGCAUCUCUACGUGAACGCGAUCCACAAUUUAUCCGUGAACGAUCCGUACUUGGAAAGGAUCUUAAAGAAUCUCGUCGUCAAGUAUAUAGUGCUCUUCAAGACGAGACCUAGUCCGAUUGCAAAGCUUCUGGGCAACGAGAAAUUAACAGUUUCUGUUUUAACCAAAAUCAACAAAGAGUUCUUCUUGCAAGGUGUCUCUCGCGCCACCGACGAGCAAAUCUUCAAAGCCAUCAACACUUUGACGAACAUCUUGGAGUCCGUCGAAUCACCAAACAUCAUAAUCGCGAAUAGUUUGUCGGCGCUUCUGGAAGUCUACAUGUUCAAAAGCCAAAAACCUCAAGUACUCGAGUUCCUGAAAGCAGUGAUCAGAUCGGAGCAUUACAAGAGCGGCGGCUGCACCGAAACCAUCCAGAAUUCUCUUGUCGAAGUUACCAAGAAACAUUUGCCGUUCAGCACGAGCACCUUUUACCAAAUGUGCUUCGUUCUGUCGCGAGUCAUUCCGACAGACAUGAGACUUCUCUUGAACAAAUUGCGAGAGGAAAUCGCCGUCGUGGAGAGGAAACGUGGCCAAGGUUUCGACAAUUCUUUGCGCCAAGGAUUGGAUAAGCUCCAAACGCUCUUAAUUAAAUGAUUCCAAUUAAAUCGAAGCUGUGAUUUAUACAAAAUAUACAUUAUUAUU